CAGGCAUGCUGAUGAUGCACAAGAUUGCCCGCCUCGAAUACGUGCCGCUCGGCGUGCUCGGUGCAAUUAUCCCGUGGAACUACCCGUUCCACAACAUGUACGGCCAGAUCAUCUCUGCCCUCUUUGCCGGCAACGGCAUCGUCCUCAAGGUCUCCGAAUACGCUUCGUGGUCGAGCCGGUACUACCUGAGCAUCGUGCACGCCGCCCUUCGCGCCGUGGGAUACAGCCCAGACCUCGUCCAGGUUGUGACGGGCUUUGGCGCGACGGGCGCUGCGCUGGUGAACGGGGGCGUGGACAAGGUCGUGUUCAUUGGGUCGCCCGGCGUGGGGAAGCUCGUCAUGCGCGCAGCAGCGGACACCCUCACCCCCGUGGUGCUGGAGCUCGGAGGAAAGGAUGCAGCCGUUGUCUGCGAGGACUGCGACUUUGGACAGGUGGUGAACCUUGCCCUGCGCGGCACGUUCCAGAACUGCGGCCAGAACUGCAUUGGGCUCGAGCGCAUGAUCGUCCACAAGGAUGUCUACGACAAGUUCGUCGACGCCCUCGCCGCCAAGGUCGGAGCCCUUCGCCAGGGCGCGCCCCUGGCCGGGGACGUGGACUGCGGCGCGAUGACGAUGGGCCGUCCGGCUGCGGAGAAACUCGAGAAGAUGGUCGAGGAGGCUGUCAGGUCUGGGGCGCGGCUGCUCGCUGGCGGCCACGUCAACACCAUCGCCGGAUGCAGCGGUGGAUUCUUCCAGCCAACCCUCCUCGUGGACGUGACACCUGAUAUGCACAUUGCACAGGAGGAGACGUUUGGGCCGAUCAUGACACUCAUGCGCGCCGAGGACGAUGAAGACGCAAUCCGCAUUGCCAACAGCGUGGAGUAUGGCCUUGGCUCCAGCGUCUUCUCAAAGAAUUACGCGCGCGCUGAGCGCAUCGCAGCGGCGUUCACAACCGGCAUGUGCAAUGUCAACGACUAUGGCGUCAACUACCUCUGCCAGUCCCUUCCGUUCGGCGGCGUCAAGAUCUCUGGGUUUGACCGGUUUGCCGGGGUCGAGGGGCUGCGUGGGUGCUGUCACAUGCGGUCCAUCACCACAGACAAGUUCUACGGCGUCCGCACAGACAUCCCGCCCCCACUCCAAUACCCGCUCACCGGCUCUGGGUUUGAGUUUUGCCGCAACCUGGUGAACCUGUUCUACAGCAGCACGUGGCUGCAGCGCAUUGGCGCCGCGUACAACCUCGCCGUCAUUGGUGCCACGGAGAAGAAGCCAAAGACCAACUGAUGCUCAGCAGCAGCAACAACAGCAGGUUCUGCUUCCACAACAACGUCACGUGUAUGAAUACAUCAUGUGCACGCGUGACAAGGGUGGCUGACGUGUUGCUUGUGGCUGUGGACAUUGUGUUGGAUGUUCCCUACUAUCGAAUGUAUAGUGUGUGUGUGUGUGUGUGUGUGUGUGUGUGUGU